CCUCCUCCAUCUCCGCACGUUCUCUCACUUCUGAGCUGUGCACGUCAUGAGGUGUUUUAUUCUGUUAACGCUGUUGGCAGCCGCUGGCUACGCGGCCGCUGAUGCUACGGCCGUGGCCGACGCUGACGCGAAGCCUGACGCUUCAUACGGCCAUGACCACGGCCACUACGCCUACGGCUACGAGCAAACUUACCCGUCCUACGGCUAUCACGGCCACCAUCAUCACUUCCCUUACUACGGUUACGGACAUGGAGGCUUCGGUUACGGAGGAGGGUACGGCCACGGUCAUGGAGGCUUUGGUUACGGUCACGGUUACGGCCACGGUGGAUACGGUCAUGGUCAUGGAGGCUUCGCUUACGGUCACGGAUACGGCCAUGGUGGAUACGGUCACGGUGCUCACGCUCACGUGUAUGUAAGACGAGCUUACGGUCAUUCACAUGGCCAUCAUGGCGGCUACGGCGGCUACGGCGGCUACGGCGGUCACGGUGGUCACGGUCACUAAUCACUGCCAGCACUGCAUGGCUGAGACGUUACUACGUUGUAGUAGUUACGUUAGCAGACGUUACUCUCAUGGUGCUCAACUGUGAAGACAGCAUAAUGAAGACAAUAUAGAUAACACAACACUAAUUUAGUGAAUAUAGCACAAGCAUAAUAGAGAUAACACGAAAUUAGUGAAGAUAACACGAACUUAGUGAAGACAACACGAGCUUAGCAAAGAUAACACGAACUUUAUUGGAGACAACACAAACUUAAUGAAGAUAACACGAACUUAAUGAAGAUAACACGAACACAGUGAAGAUAACACGAACUUAGUGAAGAUAACACGAACUUAAUGAAUAUAACACGAACAUAGUGAAGAUAACACGAACUUAGUGCAGACAACACGAACUUAGCGAAGAUAACACGAAAUAGGGAAGAUAACAUGAACUAAAUGAAGAUAACACGAACUUAGUGAAGAUAACACGAACUUAGUGAAGACAACACGAACUUAGCGAAGAUAACACGAACUUAGUGAAGAUAACACGAACUUAAUGAAGAUAACACAAACUUAAUGAAGAUGACACGAACUUAAUGAAGAUAACACGAACAUAGUGAAGAUAACACGAACUUAGUGAAGACAACACGAACUUAGCGAAGAUAACACGAACUUAGUGAAGAUAACAAGUACUGAGUGAAGAUAACACCAACUUAUGCAAGAUAACACGAACUUAGCCAAGAUAACACGAACUUAGCCAAGAUAACACGAACUUAGUAAAGAUAACACCAACUUAGCCAAGAUAACACGAACUUAGCCAAGAUAACACGAGCUUAGUGAAGAUAACACGAACAUAGCGAAGAUAACACGAACUUAGUCAAUAUAGCACAAUUUAUUAAAGAUGACAUAUGACAGUGAAGAUAACAAAAGAUAGCAAGGAUAACACAACACAAUGGAAACUAACCAAUAUUAUGAAGAUAA